AUGGAUCGGACCAGGGGUACGACGAUCCAUUCAUUGACAUUGGACUGCUUCACCAAGCUCACUAUCCGUGGAUCCACGCAAUGUGAACUUGACGACACACUCUUUCUUCGAGCAAUCUUUGAUCAUAAUGGUGCAAUCCGCAACAUCACCAGCCUCCGUAUCAUUGAGAAUUGUUUUGGCUUCUUCAGUACAAUGAUCGAGAUCGAAGGCCAUCUACCAUUCUUUGAACAACUGAUCAAUAGUUGCAUACAACUACAAUCAUUGGUUUUAAAGUUGGACUUUAUCGAUGUUGACCUGGAACAAGAGGAUUGGAUUGUCUUCCACGACCAGAUGCUUCAAUAUAUCAAGUCCACUCCGACAUUGACCACAUUCAAGUACAGUGGCUUGAUCACACUCGAUCUACUAACCCACCUGUUGCAAUCACCAGAGUGUCGUGUUACCAAUGUUUCUUUCGACACCAAUAACCCUGAUCUCUUGGAUCAGACAAUACCAUUGGUGACAAGGACCAACAUCCAUCGACUGACCUUUGACACAUUCAAUUGUCAUGGGGACAGGCCACCAACGCAACAUUACAAGGAGUUUGCCACGUCCCUCAACCUGGUCAAGCACAUCAAGACCAGGAGCAAGGUCCCACUAAUGACAAUCCUGAUUGGCUGCAACACACAAUCGAUAAGCAUAUCAAUGAACCUGAUAGCGAUCAUCCUUGGCCAAGUGAGACAUCCACUCAUUCAGGAGCUGUCAUCCAACUCCACUUUACUAUUCCUCUACAACAUCACGGACAAUCCAAACGAUUCCAAUUAUCAUAUGGGCGCAGGUGCAUCACUUCAGGCAGUGAUUGACAAGCAUCCUACGCUAAUCAACAAGUCCACUUGGUUCUGGAAUCGAUACAGUUGCUCAAGAGGAUAG